AUGGACGUCAGUAAAGAAUAACUCCUCCGAAACGUUUGAUAUUUCCUGUCAAGCCACUCCCACCUGAUUAUCUCCUUUUGUUUAGCGUACCCAGCUUUCUGUAAUAUGGGCAAGAAACACACAAUCGAAAUUAGUCUGAUUGUGUAAAGCCGGAGAAAACGCAGUGCGGCGGAUAUGAUCGAAUAAAUCGCUUUAUAAACACGACAAAGCGUGAAUCCUGUGUUAACCGUUACGGCAUGGCAAGAUGAGUGCCUGCAAACGAUGAUGGCGAAAAAGCAAGAUUCACGGGUGCCUACCUACAACCUAGUUGUAGUUGGUCUUUCGGGCACUGAGAAAGAGAAGGGCCCGUGCGGAGUUGGCAAGUCUUGCCUCUGUAAUCGCUUCGUCCGCCCUAGCGCGGACGACUUUCACCUCGAUCACACGUCUGUGCUGAGUACCAGUGAUUUCGGUGGCCGAGUGGUCAACAACGACCAUUUCCUGUUCUGGGGAGAGGUGGAGCGAGUCUUGGAGGAUGGCACUGAGUGUAGGAUGCAUGUGGUGGAGCAGACGGAGUUUAUCGAUGACCAGACCUUUCAACCACAUCGUAGCACAGCUUUACAGCCUUACAUCAAAAGAGCUGCCUCCACGAAGCUGGCCUCUGCGGAAAAACUCAUGUACUUUUGUACAGACCAGUUGGGUCUGGAGCAGGACUUUGAGCAAAAACAAAUGCCCGAGGGAAAGCUGCAGGUAGACGGGUUUCUACUUUGCAUCGAUGUAAGUCGAGGGAUGAACCGUAGCUUUGAUGAUCAAAUGAAAUUUGUUACCAACCUGUAUAAUCAUCUGGGUAAAACUAAAAAGCCUGUUGCGCUGGUUCUCACCAAGUGUGAUGAAGGAGUUGAGCGAUACAUCAAGGACUCUCAUACAUUUGCCAUCAACAAAAAGAACUUGCAAGUUGUUGAGACAUCAGCUCGGUCUAAUGUCAACGUGGACUUAGCUUUCCUUACUCUGAUUCAACUCAUUGAUAAGGGAAGGGGCAAGCACAAGAUAAUACCUUAUUUUGAGGCUUUAAAGCAUCAGAGUCAAAUAAUUGCCACCGCAAAGGACCGAUACGAGUGGUUAGUGAACCACAUAGUGAAGAAUCACAACGAGAACUGGCCUGCAAUCAGCCGACGUAUGCAGCCAUCACCAGAAUACAAGGAAUACGUCUUUUUAGAAGGUACAGCUAAAGCAAAAAAGCUUUUCCAGCAGCACGUUCAUCGGCUUAAACAGGAGCACAUCGAGAGACGUCGUAAAGCGUAUUUAACCGCUCUCCCGCUCGCCUUGGGUUCCUUAGUGUCCGAACUGUCAGAAAUCGAGCAUUUAAGCUGGUCUGGGGUGCAGAAGGUACUGGAGUCCAAAAAGGACUUUGACCAUUGGUUUGUGGUUCUGGAGGACGCGCCAUGGGAAGACACGCCACAUCUUGACAAUAUGGAAGACGAGCGCAUACCCUUUGACGUGCUGGACACAACUGCCGCGGAAAUCAUAUUUGAUGCGCAUCUCGAACAUUUGCGCAACGAGUGCAAGCGUGCCGAGAUGCGACACGAAUUUAAGAUGAAGCUGGCGUCCUCGCCCUUCGUCACCCCUGGCAAGCCUUGGGAAGAGGCACGGAGCUUCAUAAUGAACGAAGACUUCUAUCAGUGGUUGGAGGAGCCGGAAUACCUGGAUAUCUACAACAGGCACCAAAAGGUGAUCAUAGACAGGGCAAAGGAGGAUUUCCAGGAACUUCUGCUGGAGUAUUCGGAGCUUUUUUAUGAACUUGAAGUGGAUGCUAAGCCAAGUAAAGAAAAGAUGGGGGCAAUUCAGGAAGCACUGGGAGAAGAGCAGCGCUUCAAGGCAUUACAGAAACUGCAGGCAGAAAGAGACGCCUUAGUUUUAAAGCACAUCCAUUUUGUCUAUCACCCGACCAAGGAUACUUGUCCGAGCUGCCCGUACUGCAUCGACAACAAGAUCGAGCAGAUAUUAGCCUCGUGCUUCCCUAUGCGCUAUCCUUCCUUUGGAAAGUCUCAUAUGCAUGAAAGCAAAGCAGAACGGAUUAACUUAGUGAUUCUGGGCAAAGAUGGUUUAGCAAGAGAGUUGGCUAACGAGAUUCGAGCUAUGUGUGCCAACGACGACUACUACGUGCUUGAAGGCAAAUUAUACGAGCUAAUACUCAGGCCUAUUGAGGGUAACGUUAGGCUUCCGGUUAACUCCUUCCAUACUGCUACAUUCACACCUCACGGGUGCCUGUGUCUGUACAAUUCCAAGGAAUCUUUGUCUUACGUUCUAGAAAGUAUCGAGAAGUUGCGCGAGUCAACGCUUGGCAGGAGGGAUAACCACAUAGCUCAGCUUCCUUUGUCUCUUUUGUUAGUCACUAAGAGAGGUGUAGGGGCUUUGAGUGACCUUGGUGGGGAGACUGCCCAAAUCUUAAUCACGCAGGGUCAGCAGGUAGCCAUGAAGCUGCAGUGCGAAUUUUUGGAGCCAGCAUCCCCUGGCUCAGGCUACGGGCGGAAUGUGAACGAGAAACAGAUCAACCAAGUGUUAAAAGGUUUGUUAGAUACAAGAAGGAGCGCCGCGUUUCGUAGCGGUUCCCCGUCUUCACCCCCUUUACCUCCGAGCAUCAGAGACAUCCAGCAGGACCAGAAUCCGGAGGCAGACUUGCGUAUUGUCAUGUGCCUGAUGUGUGGAGAUUCCUACGACGUAGACCAACUUCUCUCACCCUUCUUACUGCCUCAGCAUUGCAGGCCAACCAAUUCCAGUGGUAACUCAGUGGUGCUUUUGCAGACAGUCGGUGACAACAGGCUGACAAUAGAGCUGUCCCUACUAUCAUAUCACGCUUCUUUUACCAUGCGCAAGAGUCGGCUUGUACACGGGUACAUAGGUGUGUACUCUGCUCGCCGCAAAGCCUCAUUGGAAACCUUGUGUGCCUUACUCUGUGAGGUUCCAGACAUUGUUCCAGUCCAGUUGCUAGCGGUGGGAGAAACGGAGACGGAGCUCACGGACUCCGAGUCUGCACGUGAGCUGUUGGUCCAGGGCGAAGAACUGGCCCAUGAAAUAGAGGGUCGUUUUGCCUGCGUGGUCUGUGGACCAGGCGGAGUUGUUGGAGGACUGCACAGAAUAGACCUCCUACAAUCUUUCUUCAUGGAGGUCGCGGAGAAGAAGACUCUCGUUGAGGCAACUCAUGUGUACGAUAACGCAGCAGAGGCCUGUAGCACAAACGAGAACGUGUAUUCACCCCAUUGCGGUUCCCCUAGCCCUGUAACUAUGCUGUUGGAUUAUGAGGAGGACAUGGAAGCUUCACCGCCUUACUUUGACGGAACCCUCACCUCUCAUAGCGGAUUCAAGCUCCCUGAUUUGGAGUCGGCCGACACGUUCUCGGUCAUCUCUGAACUCAGUACUUUUGAGAACAAGUUGAACAGCAAAGUCCCUUUACAUAUGAGGUCCAAACCCAGUGUCACUUUUGACUUCAGAAAGCACAACUUUAACCCCUACAUGGACACCAGCCAUCGGCGGUCCCUUACCUCCAAUGUCACCUGGCCGCCCUGUGGGGACGGGGUGUAUGAUCCGUCUGACUAUGCUGAGCCAAUGGAUGCUGUUUCCAAGCCUCGACCCAGCCAUGAGGAGAACAUAUACUCUGUACCACACGACAGCACGCAGGGCAAGAUCAUCACCAUACGGAACUCCAACCGAAUGCACUCGAACGGAGGCGUGAACGGCUCGGAUAGCGAAGGCGACGGCAGCUCUUUGGAGCGGCGCAGGAAGUUCUCUUCUGCCGGAGUAAAACCCCGAUUGUACCGAGAUCGAUCCAAGCGCCUAGGCAAGUUCAGCAGCUUCCGCACCAGUUUCUCUAUCGGCAGCGAUGACGAGUUCGGCGGUCUUCCAAAAACGAAGGAGGAUGACGUGGCCGUUUUGAAAGGAGAGUCGCUGAUUGAGGAAGGGGACGAUAAGAAAAGGAACAUUCUGAGGAGCCUUCGUCGACCAGGCAAAAAAACCAGACUAAAGCCCCGACACUCGAUCUCCAAACCUCUGGAGAGUACUUACUUUGGGGUGCCAUUAGUUAAUGUCGUGUCACCUGACAGACCCAUCCCGCUGUUCAUCGACAAAUGUAUCCGCUUCAUUGAGGCCACAGGGUUGACUACGGAGGGUCUAUAUAGAGUGAGUGGAAACAAGUCAGAGAUGGAGAGCAUGCAGCGGCAGUUUGAACAGGACCACGGCCUGGACCUGGUGGAAAAGGACUUUCCGGUGAACACAGUAGCUGGCGCUUUAAAGAGCUUUUUCUCUGAGUUGCCCGAUCCAUUGGUCCCAUACAGUCUACAAGUGGAGCUGGUGGAAGCUUUCAAGAUAAAUGACCGAGAGCAGAGACUGCAGACCAUGAAGGACGUGCUGAGGAGAUUUCCUCGGGAGAAUUACGAAGUUUUCAAACAUGUCAUGGGCCACCUGAACAAGGUCAGCCAGUGGAACAGAGUCAACCUGAUGACCAGCGAGAACCUGUCCAUCUGCUUCUGGCCUACGCUCAUGCGGCCCGACUUCACCACCAUGGACGCUCUCACGGCCACGCGCACCUACCAGACCAUCAUCGAGACCUUCAUCCAUCAGUGCGCCUUUUUCUUCUACAACCAAGCUCCCGCCGAGUCUCCCACAGGCCUCUACGGCACGCCGACACCCUCUGCCCUGCCCCCUUCGCCCACCGCCGCCCCCUUGUGCACCCCUCCACCUCCGCACUUCAGCCCGGCGCUUCAUUCGCCCCCGGGCUCGCCCCCUCAGAGCCCCCUCACCGUCCCCGCAGAGACACACACACUGUGAGACAGGGACACACGCCAGGCUAAAGAUUCCUCGUAUCUAUACACAUAUACACUGCAGUCUUUACAUAGACGCUCGGUAUGUAAGCGAGAUCGCACACAAGACGUGCGCGUAUUUAAAUUUGCAUGUAGCGACUGGAUUCAACGCCGUCUGAGGGUUUGUGAACAUUUUUUAUUUUUUUUGCACACCACACUUGAAACCGUAGCGCCCCGACGACACACACGGACACCCGCAAGUCCUCCUGUCUCGCCGUGGACGCUCGUCACUGUUACCGGGGGGACCAGAACUUCUUAAUCCGAGCCCAUGUUCUGUUCUGCAGCGUAGCAGACUUCUGUUAAGUGUGCGCUUUUGUCUUGUCUCUCCGUGUGUGUUUUUAAAAAAAAAUUAAUUAAGUAAUUCUCUCGCUUAACUCCAUCCAUUCCUGCUUUCCUGAUCUCGGACUGUAGCUCCUGUUUUUUUUUUGUUUGUUUGUUUUUUUUUCUUCCCAGCCACACAUGAAGAAGAAAUACAGUAGGGAGACGCACUACAAAUGGGAAAUCCAUCCAGGCACUUAUCCCAACACUGUCUGAUGAAGUCAGACGGACACUUUGAGAGAGUGCUGAUUAAAAAAAUAAAUAAAAAAAAAGAGAGAGAGAUAAAUAGAAUUACUAUUGCUGCAUGCUUACUUGCAAAGAUGAACUUUUUUUCCCUCCCAGUGUUGAUUUAAUCUACAUGAUCCCUUGUUAAAAGACCGCAUGGAUUUGAAAAAAACAAAAAAAACAUUGAAGCUGUCACGUAUGAGCGUUUUGAUUUGGUUUUCUUCUCUUCUCUCUGUGAUAUGAAGCUUUGACAGUUUUGCUUUCAUCGGUUCCUGUGGAUCUGUGCUCUUUUUAUGAGAUUCGACCGGACGAAUCUGGAACUCCGGAGGGUUCGAUCGCUCCGAGACUUUUAACGACGUCGAACUUUGACAUGUAACCUCUUUAAACCUUUAACCUUUUAGUCAAGGGUGAUCCCAGAACCCUUUUACCCUUAAAAAAUGGGACAUUAAAAAAAAAAUGUAAAAAAAGACACACACACAUAUACACACAUACACGGGCCUUAUUUGGAUGUCCUCUGUUUUUUUUGCCACUUACUAAUAUAAAGCACUUUGAUGAUUUUUUUUUUUUUUUUUUUAAUGUUUUAUUUAGGCCUGAUUUUGUGAAGAGUAACACUGAAUUGCAUUUGGUGUAGCCUGUGUCUGGGGAACAUUUCUGAUCCUCACCAAGCAUCUGUUCCAUCUCUGUACUGGAUUUUCCUCUGUAUGUCUGUGACAUUAAGACUAAACUGCAACUAAUGUAGACAUAAACUGCUAACGUUUAUCAUUUCGGCGCAGACCCAUGCCGAGUUCCCUGUCCUCCGGUUCUCGGACUCGUCUCGUUCGCGGCUCCAUGCGCAUAGAUCGUAAUUGAUGUUUUCUUUUAAAAAGAUAGAAGCCUUUUCUGAAAUGGCAGACAGUCUCGUCAUGAAUUCGAAGCGUUUUUCGCUUUAUGUUUUGGUAGGAGAUGAAAAUGCUCGGCUAGAUUUUAAAUACCUGGUUUACAGACGUAGAAGGAACCAGGAUCCGAGAAGACCCAAAAAAAAAAAGAGGUACAUUUAUCCCCCGCCCAUUCGAACCCAUGGCAAUUUGCAUAAUAUGUGAAACCUACUUUUUCAAACCAGUUCUAGGAUUUUUUAAGGAUUAAACAAUGUUAUAGCAAGUUACUAAUAAGGCUCGAUAAUUAUCAAAGAAUGUUGGGAUUUGAAAAACAAACCAUAUAUAUACGGGUGCCAUCUACCAAUCAUUUAUUUCUAUUUAUUUACUACAACUUUUGAUCAAACUUGAGCAGCGUACUCAGGACGUGAUUCUGAGGACAAACGCUAAGGUUCAGGGGCGUCUUCAUCCAUGGGGUGGUGGGUUCAAGUACUUGUUUCUCAAGUCCCAUCAAGCUGAAACACUCCAGCGACACCACAGAAAACAUCUGCAAUAUCACAGCAGCUGCUUGUCAAUAAUUUGGCAACCCAUUCGUGAGAUAAGGGAAUUGUCUCUUCAUCUAAGAUGGUACGCAGUUGCCACUAGGGGGCGCAUCUCACAUCUACAGUAUAUCAGUAUACCAACCCCCAACCAUCAUCUCAGGACGGGUAUGAAUCAUGGAAUCAGGUGUAGAAAACACUAGCAUGUGCUUUCCAGGCCCAGGGUUGGGAAGCUGGGGUUUAACUAUUGAGAUAUGAAUCAGAACGACCGGUCUCUGAAAUAAAUUAGAGCUUAAAGACAUACUCUACAAAGACAUUCAUUUUUCAAAAAA